CAGUGUGGGAAGAGCUUCAGUACCCGGAGCAAUCUCAAAGUGCACCAGCGCAUUCACACUGGAGAGAAACCUUAUUCCUGCUCACAGUGUGGGAGGAGCUUUCGUACCCAGGGUGCUCUCAAAAGACACCAGCACAUUCACACUGGAGAGAAACCAUAUCAGUGCUCACAGUGUGGAAAGAGUUUUAAUCGCCAGUGUCAUCUCAAAGUACACCAGCGUAUUCACACUGGAGAGAAACCAUAUCAGUGCUCACAGUGUGGAAAGAGUUAUAAUGAACAGAAUGAUCUGAAAACACACCAGCGCAUUCACACUGGAGUGAAACCGUAUCAGUGCUCACAGUGUGAGAAGAGUUUUUAUAAUCAGAGUGCUCUUAAAACACACCAGCGCAUUCAUACAGGAGAGAAACCGUAUCAGUGCUCACAGUGUGGGAAGAGUUUUUAUAAUCAGAGUUAUCUUAAAACACACCAGCGCAUUCAUACAGGAGAGAAACCGUAUCAGUGCUCACAGUGUGGGAAGAGUUUUAAUCAACAGAUUCAUCUUAAAAUACACCAGCGCAUUCACGCUGGAGAGAAACCGUAUCAGUGCUCACAGCGUGGAAACAGUUUUAGUCAACAGAGUAGUCUUAAAAAACACCAGCGCAUUCACACUGGAGAAAAACCGUAUCAGUGCUCACAUUGUGAUAAGAGUUUUAGUCGAUUGAGUAAUCUUAAUGAACAUCAGCGCGUUCACACGCAUUCACAGAAACUGUAUCAGUGCUCACAGUGUGGGAAGAGUUUUUAUCGUCAGAGUCAUCUUAAAACACACCAGCGCAUUCACACUGGAGAGAAACCGUAUCAGUGCUCACAGUGUGGAAAGAGUUUUAAUACACAGAGUUAUCUGAAAAAACACCAGCACAUUCACACUGGAGUGAAACUGUAUCAGUGCUCACAGUGUGGAAAGUGUUUUAAUCGACCGGAAUAUCUAAAAAAACACCUGCGCAUUCACAUUUUACAGAAAUGAUGCUCACAGUGUGGGAACUGCUUUGCUAAUUUAUCAGCAUUUAGACACAAGUGUGACACAUCAGAUUGUACCAAACAAGCUAAAAUAUAAAAUUAUAAAAUAUAAAUCCUCCCUGAGUGAGUGAGUGAGUUUUGGGGGAAAAAGGUUUGCAAUAAUGAAUUAUUCUGUGUAAUUAAUAGCUAAUAAUCAAUUACAGGCACCACUGUCAGUUUUUAGGGAAAUUACCAGGAAAUCCAGAUUUAUAACAGAUCAGUUUGUUUGGUCGUUUAUUUCUCUCACUCAGGGAAUCAAACUCACA